AUUUCAUAGAAGCAAUUGAUUCGUCCUCUAGUUUUUAGUUGAGAGUGUCUUUUUCUUCCUUUUGGAAAUUCCCGCAAAUGGACGCUCAACACAAUCUUGCUCCUUUAAAGAAAAGGAAAAUCCCAUACCCACAAAGGAAUCUCCAAAUGGAAGACGAAGAGACUUCUGAAUCAUCUGCCCUUUCAUUGACUGUGCACAAGAGUUCCUCUUCUUAUCCAGUAAAGAAGAGGAAAAUCCAAGAGCUUGCUGCAUCUUCUGAUAUUUCAUCAAUGGCGGCCAAGAAACCACCCAUCAAGAAAAUGGACGAAAGACCCACUUCUCCUCCUCCGGAAAGGACUUCGAGAAUCCCAGUUAGGAAUCACGAUCACCCGAUGACAGGCAAAGAGCUUCUUGAAAUGAUGGAGGGAUCCACUUCUCCCAAAAAGAGCAGGACAAUCCCCGAUAGGGAUCUCCAAACGAAAGCCAAAGUUUAUCUUGAUUUCCCUCAUCUUUCACCGGAGCCACACGAAAACAGAGAACGAGAACGACAAACCCUCUUAAGGUAUUGCAAGGAAAACUACCCGAAUGCCUUGACCCUCAAGCUUUUUGACCUCUAUCCCUCUUCAGGUAUGGGAAGGAGAAUGCUCUCUGCCACUGUCCUCCACGAAAUCAUCCUUCAAUAUCGCUCUCGUCGUUUGCCCAUCAUCUUUCGCCUCAAAUCCAUUGUUGUCUCUCUUCUUGAAGCAGAAAAAUCGGUACCCGCUUUUGAGUUAUUGACCACGAUUGUCUCUGAUAUUGCCUUCAAGGUUUUUAAGACGGAAAAUGAUGGUUGGCCGGAGCUUCUUAGUUUUAUAGUUUCGUGCCUGGACUCAGACUCCCCUGAGCGUCAACGAUCAGGCCUUUUGGUGUUCCAUAAAUUGCCGCAGAACGUGGGUGAUUUCUUUAAGCCCUAUCUUGAAACCAUCUACUUGGCAGUUUUGAGUCACUUGAGCUCGAAAAGAUUGGAGAAUCGAACAUUGGCAUUUGGUGCAUCAGUUACUUUGCUCGAAGGACUUAGAACACCUACUGACCAUUCUUGGAUCAACUACAUCUUGAAUGCAAUGAGAAAGUCAUUGUCUGAAACAGAAUGUAAAGACUAUAAGGAUGUUAUAGAAGAGGGUCUUAAGAAGUUACUUGCCUUGUUGAAGGACGCGCAAGAAAUCUAUGUGCUGCAAGUGAGUUCUUUGUUUGAAUUGAUUCUUAAAAUUACAGAAAAGGAUUGGUUGAGAGAGGAGGCCAGGACUGUGACGGUGGAAUUUUUUUUGGUGCUGAGUGAACAAUGGAGGGAGAAGAUUAUCUUAAAGCUGAUGGGCCUGGGUACUGAUAAGUUUGGCAGAUUUAUACUGAUGUUAGUUCGGAUGAUAUCACAAAUUGAGGAUGAUAUCCACUUUUACAAUGGCGAGGGAGACGCUGACGGACAAUUACGGUAUUCAGGGAGUUACAUAGCCGGAACGAGCUGCCUGGAGCAAAUUACUUAUGCGUUGGGCAUAGGUAACAUGGUGCCUGUAACACUUGAUCUUAUAGGACAGUUCCUUGCUGCCCAAGAGUGGCAGAGGCGUGUUUCUGGACUCACUUGUAUCCGUAUAUUUUCACCGGUGAUGACUGACCAUCUUGAGCAACUGAUGACAAUGGUUUUGGAUUCAUUACAAGAUCCACAUCAUCGAGUUCGUUUUGCUGCAGUGCAUGCAAUUACCACACUAAUGGAGGACAGUGAGUCUGAAUUACAAAUUCAAAGUCGCAAUAGGAUUCUGCCAGCACUUGUUGCAGCAAGACAGGAUACUGAAAAUCCUGACAUGCAGUUGCAAGCUGUUCGGGCAAUUCGUGAGUUCUGUCAGAGAUGCACUCCUGAUGAUUUGGCACCUUAUCUGAAUGAGACAGUGGUCACUCUAGUUGCAGUCCUGAAGAAUGAGAACCAGAAAUUGCAAGAGAUGUCCUUGGAAGCCCUUGCAUCAGUGGCAAGUUUGUCACAGGACCGCUUCCAGACUCAGUAUGUUGCUGCUAUGCCUCGCUUGUUAUUAAAUGUAAUUAAUGCACAUAAUAAUGUGACGCUCCUUGCUAAGAACGCCAACUGUAUUGGGUCCAUUGCUGUAGCUGUUGGAAAGUACAAUUUCAAGGCAGAUGCUAGGGAGGUAAUAAGAGCUAUUACAUCGGCAAAACAAUCCCUGGAGGUGGCAGAUAACCAGACAAGAAUCUGCAUCUUACAAGCGUUGAAGAAAUAUUGCACAUGUCUACAGCAGGAUUUUGCUAAUUAUUUUGAAGAUUUGAUGCCUGUUUUCCUUUCAUCUGCCCGUGCACAAUCAGUUGGUCAAAGUGAAAAUAAAUAUCUCUUGAGGGAGAAAACUAUGGCAUGCAUCCUAUUAUACACCUGCACUCGUCAUUUGAAGGAAAAUGGAAAGUUUUUCCCUUGGAUCUUUAAGGUUGCAGAAAUUUUUGUUCCACUGCUCAAUUUUCCUCAGGAAUCUGAAAUUAGAAAGGUUUCUGCUUCAGCUAUGCCAGAGCUACUGCAUUCAGUCAAAUCUCAAGGGACAAAUGUUUCUUUUCAGAAGUUGGUCAUCAUGAUUAUUCCUGCGUUGGUGAAUGCUUUGGGCAAAGAACGUGAGAAAGGUGUCCGUGCAAUAAUGUUUGAGUCACUAGAUAAAUGCAUACAGAUCCCUGGAUCACUUUUCUAUGCCGGGCAGUUCACGUUAAUUGUGCAUGCAAUAAAGCAAGUGUUGAUUGAACAUCCCCACAGAAAAUUCGAAUUUGAGGAUCCUUUUGAGGAAGACGAGAAACCAGAAGAAGAGAAAGUCAUAAUUCAAAUUGGUAAUUGUUUGAGCACGUUGAUAGACAAAUCAAGGGAUAAAGUAUUGCCUCUCCUAGACCACAUUUUGUCUCACGUGACACGAUUAUGGAGUGAUGGUAAUACAGAAAAAGAGAAAGCAGUUGCUUUUGGCAUUUUUAAUGUUGUUAUGCAGAAAUAUGGAGAUGAUGCCCAUAAGUACUACAGUAUCUAUCUUCCUCUGCUCUUGGAAGCUUGCAAUAAUGAGAACCCGGACAUGCAACAGGAAGCUGUGUGUGGAAUUGGUAUUUGUGCCGAGUUUGGAGCAGCAAAUUUCAGAGACAGUGCAGAAGUGGCCAUUGGUUAUCUAAAUUCCAUAAUAACUAGUACAAAUGCGUUAAGCUCAGCAAAUGCAAAUGUGUACGGUGCUGCUGUUUCCGCUCUAGGGAAAAUUUGUGAGUUCCAAAGCCAUUGUAUCAAAAACGCUGAGAAAAGCUUUACACAUUGGCAGUUGCAAGGAAUUUCUACGUGGGUACAAGAAUGGCUUGUCUCUCUACCUAUCACAAGAAAUGUGGUUGUCCUCAUCCUUAGAUCAGGACAUGUGAAGAAUUAGAAAGUUUACUAUUUGGCUGGUAAGCUGUUGCAACUAUUAUUUAUCUUGCCCCGAAGUUGGCAAUGCCGUGCCAGGAGCAUGAUGAUAUGGUGCCGUAAGACACUUGUUAUUCCUGCCUGGUUAAGCUACUUGCCUAUAAAGAACAAUCCCAUGGAGGCUCAACAUGUGCAUGAACAACUUUGUUCAAUGGUUGAAAGGUUGGACAAGGAGAUCUUAGGCCCUCAGAAUUUGAAUCUUCCGAAAAUUCUUGCAGUCUUUCAAGAGGACAAACCAUGUUCAUUGAGGCCAGCAGUUUAGCCUGCUUGUUCUGCCCGAACGAGGCAAUCUCGUGACCGAAGAAACUGCUGUCAGGAUGACUGAUUUGUUGAAGAGAUUCAGUUCCUAGGUCAAGGCAACUCUUUGGCUACAGCUCAAACCGUCAAGCGAUCGGAAAUUUUGUGAAGCGGACUCUAUGCCAGAAAAGAUUCAAUCUUUGAUGAGAUCUUUGGAUGAUGUCCUACAGCAGUAACAGUUGGUAUUGUAUCAUAAUUUUUCACUUAAAUGUUUACAGUACAUCUAACCUGUUACCUGUAAUAUGUUCAGAAUACUUGAAUACGAUAGUGUGUGUGUAUAUAUGUACAGAAACAUAGCAAUCAAUCUGCACAGUUGAAACAUUUUCAUCAUUAGAACCUGAA